AACGACUAGACCCAGGGCACAAAAAUUUGAGAGAGAGAAAACCAGAGAGAGCUUCUUCAUUUUCGCCUUCACCACUCUCUCUUAGCUUCAAUGGGGUUCUUCUCCUUCUUCGGCCGCGUCCUCUUCGCCUCCAUCUUCAUCCUCUCCGCUUGGCAAGCGUUCAAUGAAUUUGGUACUGAUGGAGGACCUGCUGCAAAGGAGUUGGCUCCCAAAUUUUCCGUUUUAAAAGAUCACCUGUCUUCGAAACUGGGCUUUGCAUUACCGGAUGUAGAUCCUAUUCAUUUAGCUGGAGCUGUGAUAGCUCUAAAAGGUCUGGGAGGCAUUCUAUUUGUACUUAACAGUAAUAUUGGAGCUCUUCUCCUGAUUAUUCAAUUGGCAUUUACCACUCCCCUCAUCUAUGAUUUCUACAACUUCAGUCCAGACACUCCCAAAUUUGGUGUACUCCUGAAUGAUUUCUUGCAGCAAGCAGCACUUGUUGGUGCACUGUUUUUCUUCAUCGGGAUGAAGAACUCUAUUUCUAAGAGGGGCCAAAUCACCAAGAAGAAGAUCCACAAAACCAAAACUGGUUAGACGUUUAUCGAUGAAGCGAUAGAUUUUGAAGAGGAAAUUUUAGGGUCUCGAAGUGGCUGCUAAUCACCAUCAGAUUGUGGAUGUGAAACUUCUUAUUAUUGCUCCUGUAAUUUUUUCAGAUUUUCUUUUUAGGAUACAUUACUUUUAUUGGCCCUGUUACAGGGUGAAAUUUAUUGUUACUUCAAUAGAUGAUUGAUUGCAGCCUAUGUUUCUUCUUAUUCUU